CUAGGGCCAUCAGAUGGAGUUCCUUCGUCGUCGCAAACAUCCACCCUGAAGUUGGUCGGUAGAGCAGCAAUGUUCCUUGGAAUGGAAUGGGCGAUUGACUGGUACGGCGGGAUUAAACAGCGUGGUUGUGGGGCAGUUAUUUUCCUCAAGGACGAUGGUGGAAAGUUUUACGUCUGUGGCGGAAGCGACAGUUACAACGUGGAUAAAUUCAUCGGUGAGGAAGGGUACUACGAUUUCCACUUGACCAUAUGCUUCGACAGUGGAGGGAUCGAGAUGCCUGGUAAUUACAAGAAAGUGUCGCUGCAUCUGUCGAGGUUUGCAAGCUUCGGAAUAAACGCCGCGUCGAUGCCCCCGUUCGAUAGGUCGAAGAAACUGAAGAGUGUUGCGAUGGUGGGACCGAUCGAGUUCGUGAAGAAAACACCAUGCUACAAAGUCGCGAGCUUUAAAGUGAAGGUGAACAAAGAUUUGGAGUUGUCGACACCCUUCGUGCCGAUAGGCACUGCGAAUGACGUGCUGACGGACAUUCUUAGGACACACAAGCACGGGGAGUCUAGGCAAGGAACACUGCAAUCCGCUCUCACUGCUGGAAUGCAAAUUGCUGAAUGUGGCACGAGGGGGAAGAAAGUCUCACAAUCUGGGAAUGUCAGCGCCAAUGAUAAAUUUCAUGUUCCCGAAGGCUCGGGCACAGAUGGUGGUGCUCAAGAUGGGUGUUCACGUCGAAGGGAGAAAAACAAGAAAGCAUUCAAAACUGAUAAGACGUCAUCUGUGUCUGGUUCUCGGUCGCGACUUCCCGCCGCAGCUUUGUCGUGUGACAAUGAUGGCAACAAUGAAGAGAAAACAGAAAGUGACAACCGCGAUGUGCAGUCGUCUGGCAUCCGUUCUCCUGAAAGGAUUGGCAGGGAUGAUGAUGAUGACAAACAGUCAGCUGAGAAGGGUGAGGGGGAAGGCAAUUCGAGCGAUGAUGAUAGGGAGGAGAGUGAAGAUGAUGAGGAGCAGGGUAAGGACGAAAGUGAGGAGGGCGAGGGAGAAGGGGAGGAGGGCGAGUAUGAAGACAACACACGAACCGAUGAUGGAUUCUCUGCAAGAUGGCAUGUUAAUAAAGACAAGGGUAACUUGAAGGAGAGCGAAGGGGAUGACAGCAGUGGGGACAAAGAAGAGGACGGCGUCGGAAUCGGCACACAACCAUCAUCAAACUCUCGCAAAAGAAAAAUGGAGGCAGGGAGAUACGAUGGAGGAGAGCAGAGUCGGACAGAGUUGCUUGGCCUAGGCGCAUCUCACAAUGCAUUCGUGCAACACUUAGAAAGGGAAUCCGAGAAAUCUGCAAAAGGCAAGCGGGAGCGGAAACGACACACCAAAAAGGCGAAGAAGACAGUUAGGGUCGAAGGAACAAAAGAGGUCGCUGACUCUGGUGAUAAAGGAGUUGGGGUUGAUCCGAGAGACGACACCGUGAAAGCCGGAAAGUUACAGUUGCCAACCUUCGACACCACAACAUGUUUCUUCCUCGAAUGCGGCGAUGAUGGAAAUGCAGUGGAACGACCUUAAGAGAUAUACGUCGACUGCAUGAGAGUUUUGCCUUGCCCUGUCGGUAGGCGCGUGCAGUACAAUCAAAGACCGUUGAAUGA